AUGCAGGCACCACCCCUACAGCACCAUCCAAUGCCACCACGAAAGCAAGAGGAUUUGGAUGCACCUCUGCAUCCACCGAACGUCGAAGAUGCGAAUCAGGGGCCCCUAGGUCCGCAGAGAUUACCAGUAGGGCCAAUAGAUCAGGGCCAGACGGAGCGACAGCCGGAACCGCCGCAGGAACCACACCAGGCACCUUCACAGAGUGAGGAUCCGCCAGGGAAUCCACACGCACAGACAAGCGGGAAAAGUCACCCUCCAGGAAUACUGAAGGAGCCUCAGCACGAGGAGCGUUGCAUCCGGCCGCCACAUGGCCCUCAGCAACACACCGGAAACAGGCCCCCGGGCGCCCUACAGGCCCCCGGGUGCCCUACAGGCCCGCGGGUGCCCUACAGGCCCCCUCCGGUGCCCUACAGGACCCCGGGUGCCCUACAGGCCCCCGGGUGCCCUACAGGCCCCCUCGGGUGCCCUACAGGCCCCCGGGUGCCCUACAGGCCUCCGGGUGCCCUACAGGCCCCCGGGUGCCCUACAGGCCCCCGGGUGCCCUACAGGCCCCCGGGUGCCCUACAGGCCCCCGGGCGCCCUACAGGACCCCGGGUGCCCUACAGGCCCCCGGGUGCCCUACAGGCCCCCGGGUGCCCUACAGGCCUCCGGGUGCCCUACAGGCCUUCGGAUGCCCUACAGGCCCCCGGGCGCCCUACAGGACCCCGGGUGCCCUACAGGCCCCCGGGUGCCCUACAGGCCCCCGGGUGCCCUACAGGCCCCCGGGUGCCCUACAGGCCCCCGGGUGCCCUACAGGCCCCCGGGUGCCCUACAGGCCCCCGGGUGCCCUACAGGCCCCCGGGUGCCCUACAGGCCCCCGGGCGCCCUACAGGCCCCCGGGCGCCCUACAGGCCCCCGGGUGCCCUACAGGCCCCCGGGUGCCCUACAGGCCUCCGGGUGCCCUACAGGCCUUCGGAUGCCCUACAGGCCCCGGGCGCCCUACAGGACCCCGGGUGCCCUACAGGACCCCGGGUGCCCUACAGGCCCCCGGGUGCCCUACAGGCCCCCGGGUGCCCUACAGGCCCCCGGGUGCCCUACAGGCCCCCGGGUGCCCUACAGGCCCCCGGGUGCCCUACAGGCCCCCGGGUGCCCUACAGGCCCCCGGGUGCCCUACAGGCCCCGGGCGCCCUACAGGCCCCCGGGCGCCCUACAGGCCCCCGGGUGCCCUACAGGCCCCCGGGUGCCCUACAGGCCCCCGGGUGCCCUACAGGCCCUCGGGUGCCCUACAGGCCCCCGGGUGCCCUACAGGCUCCCGGGUGCCCUACAGGCCCCCGGGUGCCCUACAGGCCCCCGGGUGCCCUACAGGCCCCCGGGUGCCCUACAGGCCCUCGGGUGCCCUACAGGCUCCCGGGUGCCCUACAGGCCCCCGGGAGCAUACGUCACAGGGAAUGA